UGUAAUUUUUACAUUACCUUUCAAAGUGCUUUUUCUUUUUCACGUCUAGGUGCUCUGCAGGUGCAAUAGAGCAAUUUGAGCUUUAGAUGGGCAUGAAUUGCUAGUUGAAAUGACUCUACACUCCUCACAUUGUAUGUGUGGCAACAACAUGUCUGUACCCCUGCUCUCUGAAGCCUUGACAGUGCCUGGGACGGAGAAGGAAACGGCUGUGGUGAUCUUCCUUCAUGGCUUGGGCGACACAGGACACGGCUGGGCUGAUGCCAUGACGUCUAUUCGACUGCCAUACAUCAAAUACAUCUGCCCACACGCACCCCGAAUCCCUGUAACUCUCAACAUGAAGAUGACUAUGCCCUCAUGGUUUGAUCUGACAGGCUUAAGCCCAGAAUCACCAGAGGAUGAAGCAGGGAUUAAGAGAGCAGCAGAGAACAUAAAGGCCAUCAUCGAUCACGAGGUAAAGAAUGGUAUACCAUCCAAUCGUAUCAUUCUUGGUGGCUUCUCUCAGGGUGGAGCUCUCUCUCUCUACACCGCUCUGACCUCUCAGCAGCAACUAGCGGGUGUUGUCGGACUUAGUUGUUGGCUUCCACUUCACAAGACUUUCCCACAGGCUGCAAGUGGGAGUGGAAACAAGGACACUCCCAUUCUGCAGUGUCAUGGCGAGAUGGAUCCCAUGAUUCCGGCGCAGUACGGGGCCAUGACGGCAGAGAAGCUCAAGAACAUCGUUUCCCCACAGAAUGUCACCUUCCGCACCUACCCGGGUCUCAUGCAUAGCUCUUGUCCUCAGAGUUGUGAGAUGUAA